AUGAGCGCUGGGGCGCAAUUGGAGCGGCGGAGCUCGGUGCGGCGGUCGCAGAGCAUGGUGCAGGAGGAGGACCAGGGCCAGCCGCCCGACGAGGAGGUCAUGUCCCGGAGCCAGGGGUCCAGCACGGCGCCCGUGCUCGACAAGGACAGCGCCGCGCCCAAGUCGCGCCUCGCCGAGCAGAGCGCAGGACCUUCCGACAUGGACCUGAUGAAGGAGAAGUUCGGCAAGCUGCUGCUCGGGGAGGACAUGUCCGGGUCCGGGAAAGGGGUGCCCUCCGCGCUCGCCCUCUCCAACGCCGUCACCAACCUCGCAGCCUCUGUCUUCGGCGAACAACGGAAGCUGGAGCCCAUGGCCCCGGACAGAAAGGGGAGGUGGAAGAAAGAAGUGGGCUGGCUUCUGUCCGUCGCCGACCACAUCGUCGAGUUCGUCGCCAAGAAACAAGUCCUGGACAACGGCACCGAAAUGGAGGUGAUGGGCACGCAGCAGAGACGGGAUCUCCAGGCGAACAUUCCAGCAUUGCGUAAACUGGACACGAUGCUUCUCGACUACCUGGACAACUUCAAGGAGCGCAACGAGUUCUGGUACGUGAAGCGCGACUCGUGCUCGGAGAGUGAGAACGAGGAGAGGUCCGACGAGAAAUGGUGGAUCCCGAUCGUCAAGGUGCCCCCCGGCGGGCUUUCCCUGACCUCCAGAGGCUGGCUCCUGCACCAGAAGGAGCUGGUGAACCAGGUGCUCAAGGCGGCCAUGGCCAUCAACGCCAACUGCCUCAUGGAGAUGAGCAUCCCGGACACGUAUAUAGACACACUCCCCAAGAACGGGCGAGCCAGCCUCGGGGACGCGCUGUACCGGAUCAUCACGGACGUGGAGUUCGACCCGGACGACUUCCUGUCGACGGUGGACCUGACGUCGGAGCACAAGAUCCUGGACCUCAAGGACCGGAUCGAGGCGUCGGUCAUCAUCUGGAACAGGAAGGUGCACAACAAGGACGGCAAGUCCUCCUGGGGCUCCGCCGUCAGCCAGGAGAAGAGGGAGCAGUUCGAGGAGCGGGCGCAGACGCUGCUGCUCAUCAUCAAGCACAGGUUCCCCGGCAUCCCCCAGUCCGCGCUCGACAUCGCAAAGAUCCAAGAAAACAGGGACGUCGGGUUCGCGCUGCUGGAGAGCUACUCCAGGGUCCUGGAGAGCCUGGCGUUCAACGUCAUGUCCCGGAUAGAGGACGUCAUCCAGGCCGACAACGUGGCCAGGGAGAAGGCCAAGAAGAACGCGCCGCCCGCGGCGGACCCCGCCGCAGGAUGCCGCUGCCCGCAGGAGGCCGGCGACGACGACGACCAGAGCAAGCAGACGACCCUGCUGGACUUCAUGGGGUGGACCGGUGACCCUGAGGGCAAGAACGACGACGUAUCGCCCGCGCCGCCACCGGAGCUGCCAGCGCAGGACGACGGCAGGCUGAUGAAGCUGCCAAACAUCAUGACCAACCUCAAGCAGACGUACAUGGACAAGCUGGACUUCCUCAGCGGGAACAGAAGCCCCUCAGGUCGCCAUUAG